AUGCCCAUCCUUGAACAAGAAGGGCGGAAAGGAACCCUGAAGCCGAGUCUUGGCAUCAAGGUCUUCAUAGGCUUCAGUUCAUGCGGUCUCUUUGCCCGCUCGAUUUCCGGGAGAUCACUGCAGAAGCCUAUCCCCGAUUGGGAGACGAGACAUCUGGGUCAGCCUUUACAAGGCCUUGUAAGGCUUGCCUCUUCCGUUUUUGUCGACUACGGGGAGUCAUUCACAUGCCGCGAUAAGGAUGGAGAGGAGCCGCGAAGUGCCAUAGUCUCGGGCGUGACACUCGAGAACCCGGGCACGGUGCACACACACCAAGAUCGGCGGCACGGCUUCAAUGAUGGCGACUGGGUCGUUUUCCGCGAGGUCCAGGGCAUGACACAGCUCAACGAUGGCAAGCCGCGGCAAAUUAAGGUCACAGGACCGUACUCAUUUUCGAUAGAGGACACCACGGGAUAUAGCGCGGCAACCUCAGACAGAAGUUCCCUGAAAACUUUGAAACUCAACUCUGGGGCCGUCUAG